AUGGUGAAUGUUUCUAAGACCUGCCAGACAUUCUGCAAGAAAUGUGGCAAGCACCAACCCCACAAAGUGGCACAGUACACGAAGGGCAAAGAUUCUCUGUAUGCCCAGGGAAAGCGGCGUAAUGACAGGAAACAGAGUGGCUAUGGUGAGCAGACUAAGCCUGUUUUCCGCAAAAAGGAGAAAACUACAAAGAAGAUUGUGCUGAAACUGGAAAGUGUGGAGCCCAACUGCAGAUCUAAGAGGAAGCUGGCUAUUAAGAGAUGCAAGCAUUUUGAACUGGGAAGUGAUAAGAAGAGAAAGGGCCAAGUGAUCCAGUUCUAA